UGAGGUGAUCCGGCGCGAGGCCCGAAGAGACCGGCUCAGGAGAACCACCAGGCCGAAGUCUCUUCGGGCUGUCCAGGGCUGGUUCAGAUGCCACGACCCCUGAACACCGUGGGCGCGGCCCCGCCUCCCUUUCCUUGCUGCCUUCACGACCUUACGACCCCACCAUCGACUGUGUGGGUUGUCCCCUGGUGGGGCGUUGACUAACCAGGCCGACCUCUGAACCCAGAUACCUGGGUUUCAGAACGUGGUUUUCUUUCCGCCCAGCCUUGGGUGCGUUGUGUACCAGUGAGCUAGUAGCAACAGACAGGCUUUCGUUCGACCCAGGUUGGCUUCCAACUCCUCAUCUCCCUUCCUCCACCUUCGGAGUGCUGGGAUUACAGGCAUGAGCCACCCCCCUGGUGUUUAUGCGGUGCCGGAUGGAACACAGGGCUAAAUUAGAACUAGGCAAUCGCUAGUUCUAAUCCCCAGCCCGCAAAUGCUAGGCGGGGUUAUCAACCUAGUCUUAGGAAGUCCUGAUGAUAUAUUCUCAGGGGCCUCAUGUUCCGGUGUAGCGCCAACUGCUGUGAGGACAACCAGGCAUCUAUGCAGCAGGUGCACCAAUGCAUCGAACGCUGCCAUGCACCUUUGGCUCAAGCUCAGGCCUUGGUGACCAGUGAGCUGGAAAGAUUCCAGGACCGCCUGGCCCGGUGCACCAUGCACUGCAAUGACAAAGCCAAAGACUCGAUGGACGCAGGAAACAAGGAGCUGCAGGUGAAGCGGCAGCUGGACAGCUGUGUGGCCAAGUGUGUGGACGACCACAUGCACCUCAUCCCAACGAUGACCAAAAAGAUGAAGGAGUCUCUGUCAUCCAUCGGGAAAUAAAAUUGUUUGCCAGUGACCGUGGGGCUGAGGGCACGCUAUUUAAAAGGAAGAAUGGAAGUUUAGCAAUGUUUAUAAGCAGUGUUUAUGAAUGAGGAAAACUCAGGACACAGCAAGUUCCAGGCAAAUGCCACUCACCCCUGGACACCAGUUCCUUUGCAUCUGGAUCUUAGAAGGUGAAGUGGAAAGAAGCUGGUGCUAAAAUUUGGAUCACAGAUAGCACAGGGGAGAAUUCUAGACCUAAAUUGUCACGGGCCAGUGCUUGUUCUGGCAGGAGAGAUUGCCCUUAUGCCCAGGGCUCAGAUUCUCACUACGUAGACAUCAAGCUGGAAGCUUUCUUCAGCCUGCUGGUAAAGUUUGAGAAGUGUGUCUCUUUGCCAAGCUCCUGUUUACCACACACACACCUUGCAUGUGCUCUGAAACAACACUCAGUCAGCUAGUCAUUUAGAGGGAGGAAAAGAUUUCCUUCUAGAUCUUUUCGGUUUGUCUUACAUGCAAGGGCACAAAGUGGAUUUAAGAUGCAGGAGGGAGAGAAAUUUGAAUAGCUUCUAAAGGUUCCUUUAAGUUUUGGCCAUCAAGAUGGGAAAGUCUAUUUCUUCAAAUUCUGUCAUUCUGGAAGCCCCUGAAGAAGCAGGGCAGUAUCAUACUGUGCAUGGGAAACAGCUUCCUUCUCUGACUUCUGUGGCAAAGUGACACAUCCCCAUGAAGAACAAGGGAGUGUGAUUGUCAGUCACAUACCAGUAGCUGAGAAUAAACAGUCAAAUAGGAACUGUUGAGAAGUACUAGGUUUGGGAAAACCUAAAUUUUACAGAAUCCAAACCCAAUAUUACUCCCUCGGCCCCUUGAGCCUUUUAGAGGUAAUCCUCUAGCACAAGGAAGCCUAAGAGUAAGCAGCUUGGGCCAAGGAAAGCUAGGACCACUGUAGAGCUAGACAGGCACACCUCACCAAAUGCCAUUUCUGCCUGGGGCUUUGCAGUGCAGUGUUGCUGCCCCGACAUGGCACCUUAUCUUGGAUAAGCACUAUGUUGUAUUUAUACCAAUUAAUUACUUGAAACAGUGAUAAUUCUUGUCAGUUUGCUGUCGAGCCUGUGAUAUAUUUUCCAAGUGGUUUUGUUUUUAAAUAAAGUUUCAUGGUCUCCAACUUU